CGACAGAUCGUGGCGUUUAUUUGAUCGCCUUUACAAAACUAUCAGACUUGCACCCACAUGUGCCUUGUCGUAUGUGCAGCGUCAUAGUUGAGGGCCUGCAACUUUGACAAAAUGCGCCUCGUCAAGCGUCACAUUGAUGACAAUGGCAGUGGUAGUGUCACAUUAUGUCCGGAGGAACCAGAAGACAUGUGGCAUGCGUACAAUCUCAUCCGACCGACAGAUCUACUCACGGCCUCGGCCAUACGUCGAGUCACCUCAGAGUCCGCCUCAACUGGCUCAACAUCGUCCCAACGCGUGCACACGAAUCUUACCAUCAGAGUCAAGUCACUGGACUUUGAUCCGCAGGCCGGACAACUCCACGUGCUGGGGCAGAUAGCCCGGGAAAAUCGAUUCACAAAGAUCGGUCAAUUCCACACCCUCGAUCUCGAACUGAACCGGAAUUUCACCCUCGAGAAAGAAGUUGAAGGACCACACGGCGGCGAAGGAUGGGACAGCGUCGCACGAGCACAGCUGGAAGAGGCCAUAGAUCCGUCAAAAGGCACCGAGGCGGUGGCGGUCGUCAUGCAGGAAGGGCUCGCGAACAUAUGUUUCAUCACACAAUACCAGACAGUGCUCCGACAGAGGGUGGAAGUCUCGGUGCCCAGGAAGCGAACAGGAGCCGGGAGGUCGGCAGAUCAUGACAAGGGUCUAGAAAAGUUCUUCGGCACAGUGUUGGAUACGUUGAUGAGACAACUCGAGGGGUUGAUCCAGAACAACGACAGCACCACGCAUUUUCCCGUUUUAUUGGCCAGUCCCGGGUUCACGGCUUCUGGCUUCUUAGAAUAUAUCAAGAGCACCACAAUGACGGGAGGGGACAAGUUGCUGAAUGAACUACUGAAGCGCAAGGCGUUUGUCGUCAUUCACAGCAGCUCGGGUCAUCUGCACAGUCUCAACGAGGUGCUCAAGAGUCCUGAGGUGCUGGCCAGACUCAAGGACACGAAAUAUGCAAGGGAGACUGCCUUGAUGGAUGACUUCUUCGCGAUGUUGAGGAAAGAUGACGGCCGAGCGUGGUAUGGCCCGAAAGAAGUCGAGACUUCGGUUGACAAGGGCGCCGUUGGUCGAGGAGGCGGUGUUCUUCUCAUCAGCAAUGCCCUAUUUAGAAGUGAAGACGUAGCGACUCGGAGGAGAUGGGUGAGGCUUGUUGAUAGAGUCCGCAAAGAAGAAGGCGGCGAGGUACGGGUUCUAAGUAGUGACCAUGAAAGCGGGAAGAGGCUUGAAGGGUUGGGUGGCAUCGCUGCAAUCCUAACAUUCCCUAUCGAUGACAUGGAGUCUGAGGACGAGUCUGAGCCUGCGAAUGACACACAGGAUUCAUGACGAGAUGUAUUUCUUUUCACGUGCCCUCUGACUCCAGAACAAGUUCUCUUUCGCAUGAGAAAGU